AUGUCUGAAUCCACAGAUACGUUGCCAUUUUAUCAACCACCGCCUAGUUACACAAUUGAUGAGAGUACUCAAAAGACACCUCAGGUUCAGGAGAAGUCUCUGCAAUCGGGACUUAGACCAAAACCCAAACGCGGGUCAGCAAACGCAACACCAUUGUAUCGACAAGAGUUUUGUUCAAAACGUGCUGUUUACACUGCAGGUAUACACAUUAUUGGUGAUCUUGGUGUGGGAAAAUCAAGUAUGAUGUUGACCUAUAAGAACAUGGAAACAAUGACUAACGAUUGCGAAAAGAGAAAAAAUGAAUGCUAUAUGAAGUUGAAAGGGCCCUUGCCCAAUGAUAUGCCAUUUCUUUUGAGGGUACUGCAUUCUAUUGGGGAUGCAGAACAAGAACAAGCUCUGAGAUAUUUGCUUCCUAUUCCUGAUGACAUAGUCUUUCUUUGUUUUGCUAUGGACAAUCCGGUCAGCCUAUUCAACGUCCGAGAUAAAUGGUUUCCCAGAAUGAGGCAUAUCAUGUAUUCAAAAAAAGUACCAGUAAUUUUGGUUGGUACGAAAUCUGACAAGAUUGACACAUCCAAUUACAUGCAACACACAGGUAGAAAAGCACGAAAAGUGGGACGGGAGAUUGGAGCAAUUGCAUUCAUGGAGUGCUCACCAAAGCAAAUCUCUAGUGUUCAAGCUGUAUUCGAUGUUGCCCUUCGGUACCUACACAGUAAAUGGAGCAAUGGAUUGGCCAAAGUUUUUGAAAAAAGCCUUUUACCAUAUGAUUUUGAAGAUGAGGUGUUGAAACAGGAUGUGUUACCAAAAAAGGUCGCGAAAUCAUUUCAAUUGCCAUUGAAAGAUAAAGAUUUGAAAGGGAUGGAGAUUCUGGGCACAAAGUCUCAAGAGCUAGCUGUGAAAAAGAACUUCGACGAAUUGUCUUACAGCAUAGAAAAGAAGAAGAAGAAGAAGGAUAGUAGCAAUUGUGUUGUUGCCUAG